AUGAUGCGACUCACACGUGUGUUUGCUGUGGCCACCCGCCGCGCUCCCGUACGGGCAGUCGUCCGUCCAUCGAUGACGACCCCAAAACUCACCGCCGUCCCGAAGUUGACCGUCGCGAAGACCGGAAAGCCGGCGGGCGCCAACUCGUACGCCCGCUUUUACUCCGCCCUCUGCAAAAACGGGGCAGUCCGCGGCCGCCACAGCAUGCGGGAGACGGCGAAACUCUGGCGCGCCACGGGAAAGGUCGUCGGCGUCAAGAACCGCGUCGCCGCAGCCCUCAAGCUCACAAAGCGCAAGGGCGGCGUAAAGGCACACACAGGAAUGAAGGGAAAGAAGCCCAAGAGCGGAGGUAAGAAGGUUGGAAAGAAGGUGGGGAAGAAGACCGCGAAGACUGUAAAGACCUCAAAGCCGGCAGCGGCACUUCGUAAGGCCAUGAAGAAGGUGACAAAGAAGGUUGCCAAGAAGAAGGCAGUAAAGAAGGUCACUGUCAGCCCUCUACCAACCUUCCAUUAA